UCGGAGGCAGCACAGCAUAAAUUCCAAAAAAAUACCAAAAGGCCGCAAAAUGCAGUGUUUAUAGAAGUUACUACAGAAGUGACACUAACUGAAGAAGACUUUCAUAUCUUUUCAUCUCCCAAAAAGAAAUAAGGCAAAUCGAUUCUAAGUUUCAAAAAGUUUUUUUUUUUAAACUCGUAACGCAAAGCUAAUAGUUAAUGUGUUAAAAUUUGUGGCUUAAAAAAUGAACACGGUGAUAUUGGUGAUGAUUUUGGGCCAUCUCCUAUUUGGCCAAGUUCCCAAUUGCAAUGCUUUACCGGAUGUAAUAAAAAUUGGUGGCCUAUUUCACCCCUCCGAUGAUAACCAGGAGUUGGCUUUUCGCCAAGCCGUGGAUCGUAUUAAUGCAGAUCGCCUGAUUUUGCCCCGUUCCAAGUUGGUGGCACAAAUUGAACGUAUAUCUCCCUUCGAUAGUUUUCAUGCUGGAAAAAGGGUUUGCGGUCUUCUAAAUGUGGGAGUUGCUGCCAUAUUUGGUCCACAAUCGAGGCACACAGCCAGUCAUGUUCAAAGUAUAUGCGAUAACAUGGAGAUUCCUCAUUUAGAAAACAGAUGGGACUAUCGCUUGCGAAGGGAAAGUUGCCUAGUCAACCUUUAUCCAAACCCAAAUACUCUGGCCAAGGCCUACGUGGAUAUUGUCAGACAAUGGGGUUGGAAGUCAUUUACCAUUAUCUAUGAGAAUAAUGAUGGUUUAAUGCGUCUACAGGAACUGCUUAAAGAGCAUGGACCUACACCAUAUCCAAUAAAUGUUAGACAAUUGGAUAUGUAUAAUGACCAUAGGCCCAUGUUAAAGCAAAUCAAAAACACCGCUGAGGCCCAUAUUGUAUUGGACUGUUCCGCCGAUAAGAUUUACGAAGUUCUCAAACAGGCCCAGCAGGUUGGCCUAAUGAGUGAUUAUCACAGUUAUUUGAUAACAUCGCUUGACUUGCACGCCAUCAAUUUGGAUGAGUUUCGUUAUGGAGGCACCAACAUCACCGGCUUUCGUCUCAUCAAUGAUAAAAUUGUCAAUGAUGUAGUGCGUCAAUGGAGCAUUGAGGAAAAGGGUGUCCUAAGGUCGGCCAAUUUGACCACCAUCAAAACAGAAACGGCUCUAAUGUAUGAUGCGGUUCAUUUGUUUGCCAAAGCCCUCCAUGAUUUGGAUACAUCACAGCAAAUCGAUAUAAAUCCCCUUAGUUGUGAUGGACAAAAUACUUGGCAGCAUGGUUUCAGUUUAAUCAAUUACAUGAAAAUUGUUGAAAUGAAGGGUCUCACAAAUGUCAUCAAAUUCGAUCAUCAAGGCUUUCGCAGUGAUUUCAUAAUGGACAUUGUCGAAUUGAGUCCGGGUGGUAUACGCAAAGUGGGUACUUGGAAUUCUACUAUGCCAGAUGGAGUGAAUUUCACCCGCACCUUUAGUCAAAAGCAACAGGAAAUUGAGGCCAAUUUGAAAAAUAAAACACUAAUAGUAACUACGAUUUUGAGUAACCCAUAUUGUAUGAGAAAGGAGUCAGUGGUUUCUCUUACUGGUAAUGAUCAAUUUGAAGGAUAUGCUGUUGACUUGAUACACGAAGUCUCCAAAUCCUUGGGAUUCAACUACAAAAUACAAUUGGUUCCCGAUGGAAAUUAUGGCAGCUAUAACAAACUUACAGGGGAAUGGAAUGGUAUGAUUCGUGAACUUCUAGAGCAGCGUGCAGACUUGGCUAUUGCUGAUCUUACAAUAACCUUUGAAAGAGAGCAAGCCGUAGAUUUUACAACACCUUUUAUGAAUUUGGGAGUUUCGAUAUUGUAUCGUAAGCCCGUCAAGCAACCACCGAAUUUGUUCUCUUUUCUUUCACCACUCUCAUUGGACGUAUGGAUUUAUAUGGCCACCGCUUAUUUGGGAGUAUCAGUUCUACUUUUCAUAUUAGCCAAAUUUACUCCCUACGAGUGGCCUUCGUAUACAGAUCCUCAUGGCGAUAAGGUUGAAAGUCAAUUCACUCUACUCAACUGCAUGUGGUUUGCCAUAGGUUCGCUAAUGCAACAAGGAUGCGAUUUUCUACCCAAAGCUUUAUCCACCCGUAUGGUUGCUGGUAUUUGGUGGUUCUUCACCCUCAUCAUGAUAUCUUCGUAUACAGCUAAUUUGGCUGCCUUUUUAACCGUGGAACGCAUGGACUCACCCAUCGAAAGUGCUGAAGAUUUGGCCAAACAAACCCGCAUCAAAUAUGGAGCUUUGAAGGGAGGCAGCACAGCUGCUUUCUUUAGGGAUUCCCGAAUAUCCACUUACCAAAGGAUGUGGUCAUUCAUGGACUCGGCAAGACCUUCAGUGUUUACUUCAAGUAACGGUGAAGGGGUAGAUAGAGUAGCCAAAGGAAAAGGAAAUUAUGCAUUCCUUAUGGAGUCCACCUCCAUUGAAUAUGUCACCGAACGUAACUGUGAUCUGACGCAAGUUGGAGGAAUGUUGGACACAAAAUCCUAUGGCAUUGCAACACCACCGAAUUCACCUUACCGCACUGCCAUCAACAGCGUCAUUCUUAAACUCCAAGAAGAAGGAAAACUACACAUUCUAAAAACAAAAUGGUGGAAAGAGAAACGAGGCGGUGGCAAAUGUCGUGUGGAAACUUCCAAAUCAUCCUCGGCAGCCAACGAAUUGGGACUAGCCAAUGUGGGCGGUGUCUUUGUCGUUUUGAUGGGAGGCAUGGGCGUAGCCUGUGUUGUAGCCGUCUGUGAAUUUGUGUGGAAGUCAAGAAAAGUCGCUGUCGAAGAACGUCUAAGUGCCAUACUCCAUGAAUGAGAUGAGCAAUAAACCCAAGAUGUCUGGGUUUAAACAUCGGCUGAGAAAACAUAGAAUGCAAUUAGGAAAAUUCUAACGAAAUAAAAGAACGAAUGAUUAACUGAAUUAACACUCAUACAACAAACAGACAAAACAAAUACACUUACACCGGUGUUCACAAAACCGAAUGUGGAUAUGAAAUAGGUUUAUUUGACAGAUUUCCUUUAUAGAAAUGUCAAAAAAAACCUAUGUUAAGGCUUCACUAAGUUUUGUGAAUAAGGCAGUUAAAAUACUACACACACACACCAAUAUUUACUCAAUACCCAAAAGAAUAAAAAUUGUCGAGAAUUUAUAUCAAUGUCUUCGAAUAAAAUUUAAACACACAAAACGAAAAAUUGGAUAAUUAAAAAAAUAUUUGUCUUAGUAAGCGAAUAACUUCGAAACAUCUCUCAUCUCAUAGAAACCCCGUAUUUAUCACCUUCCCAUUAAGCUCAUAUCAUGCUCCAUUUCCAUUCAGUUUCGUCUCAUUUAUCUUUUCCUCUAAAAAAAACGGUAACAAAACCCCUUCUAAUUGCUACAACUACUCUUUAGAUAUGUAUUUGCAUUUACACGACAAUUAUUAUGAACUAAAUGGGAAUUGUAAUUGUAAGAUAAGCUACCUAUAGUUAAUUAGACACUUAACGAAAGAGACUUUUUUUCUUUUCCAAAAACAGAUAACUAGUAAGGAAUAAAGUUUAAGUAGCCUUAGUUUUAAAUUACUACAGAGAUGAUGAAUAUAAACAAAAUUAACCAAAGGAGCAAAUAAAGAUAUACAAUUUUUGGAAAUUUA